CCUAGGCCCUCAAGAACAGGCUACACUCAAAGGACAACGAUAGCGACCGAAGCAGUCUGCGAUCGUCGAAAAUCUGAUCCGCCGGUCAAGCGCGUCGGCUUUUAUACACGAGUCACCGAAGGUUCCAGAGUAAUGGGUGGUGCCCGCGUGUCCUCCCGAAAGUUCCACACAAUUCGCGUCGCACAUGCAAUCAGAUUACACAAGCUUCGGUGACAACAGAGCCAUCGAUAACAUUCGAGAAACUUCCAAUACAUACAGGCGCGUACCACGCAGGGCGAUAACAUUCGUUAAACGGUGAAAAGCGCUCACCCGUAAAAGACAAAGGCCAUGUGUCAAUGCCCCCCUACCAAAAAGCAUCGUCCCGAUGCUACAAACAUAACAGGAGAGCGAAAUACAAAAGGUCACUUAUUAAACAAAAGUAACAAAAAGAAUAAAGAAACAAAGUCCAAAGAAACAACCUCCGAAGUAACACAGUCCAAAAAAGAAAGUGCAAAGUUCUUCUAUGUGAGUCCCAAAGUCCAUUAGCACGGUGUUGUGCCAUACUACGUGCACCAUGCGGCUAUCAUCUAGGCGACGGGAGCUGCCAUACUUUGUGCACCACGUGCAUAUCAGCGAGGCGACAGGAGCUCCCACUUUUGCGCGACGAAUAAAGAAUUCGACAUGAGAGCACAUUUUCGCACGUGUUCAACCACCCGGCCAUGCUCUCACUUUCCUACCAACACACACACAGUAAAAAACGCUAAUAGUUAUUAGUCUUGCCACUUCCAAGCUACUAUUCCAAGACUAUAAAGACUUAACGACCCACCCGGUUGCCCGUCUUGAAGCACGUGGCGCGAAAGGACGCACUCACUAUCCUGCAAAACCAAAUGUACACGAAACACACCCGCGCACACGAAUGAAAAGAGGGACAAAAAAAAGAAAACGAAAGAAAACUACCCAAUUAUUAUUUAAAGGCUAAAAAAAAUAAAACUGCAAAUCAAAAACAGAAGCAAGCUCAAAACAUGCACAAAAACUUAUGAUUUCGUCGCCGCCACAGAGCUCUAAAAGGCACCUCCAUCCGCCACAAAAGCUCAAGCGAUCAAGCCACUCUCCCUCAAUGGUCCGCGACAUCUGCCGAGAAAGACGUAAUCCACAACCAAAGAAAUAGUCGGAGUGGCACGGGCCAUCCCUUCUAUUAAAAGUUUCAAUCAAUCAAUCAAUCAAUCAAUCAAUCAAUCAAUCAAUCAAUCAAUCAAUCAAUCAAUCAAUCAAUCAAUCAAUCAAUCAAUCGGAGUGGCAGCCUCGUUCGGACACCUCAUCCAUUAUUCCAACGUGGACAAAACUCUCGUGCUGUUCUUUUUUAUUUUAUUUUCUUCUUUUCUUUUUCUUUCUUUUUUUGCUUUUGCAAGAUCGCAUAACCUGGGCCAUAAUGUCAUUAUCUUGUUUUCUGACUGCAGACUAGCGCCCUUUUGACGGUUCUCGGUUGAGAAAUGCAAACUUGUAGCGUCGAAGUAGCUUUUCAACCACUAUGCUAUUUAAAAAGUCCGCAUGUAAAGGGGUUUUUCAAAUACAUUAUUGGCUUUACUAUUCUCGCGAGAUUAAAGUUGUUGUGGCUUUUCCUUACAGCCACGUAAUCCGAUGUAUUUUUCGUGACUCUCGUACGACAUUUCGUGCGAGUUGGCUGUGCUUCCUCUUCUUCUUUCGAGAUCCUCAUCUUUUUCUACGGCUUUGUACUUUUUUUUUUUGUAUCCACAAGCUCGAUCUGUUACCUAUUAAGUUUCGAUAGGCUCGCCUCUCAUUCGGCCACUUUUGUGCAAUUUGCAAUCCGUGGAAACAUCACGAAUGCGAAUGAUUUUGACUUGACAUGAACGUUUAAUGCAAAACAGGGUGGUGCGGCUGCCCUGAUGCUUCGUCAGAACAUGAAUUGAGCGCAGUUUUUCUUCUGAUACUGGUGUAAUGAUUUUUCGUUUUUUUUUUUGCAUUAGUACCCUGGCAACUGUGAUCUUUUAUCCUCUUCGCAAAAACACCAAUUUUCGUUUAGCGCAACUAGCGUAUGUUCGGCAAAGCCGCGUCAAUCAUGACAUGUGCGUUAGAGUUAAGCCUGACAGCAGUUAUGCAACAGCGACGCAGGUUCGUUUUGUGCCCCUAUCAAACCGCGUGCUUCUGGGAGCAUGGCUCAUCGCGUGCUUCGUGCUGGUGAACCUUUUCAACGGCGAGGUGAAGGCCAACCUGCUCGUCAAGUCGGAAACGUCACGCAUUAAUACCGUCGAAGACGUCAUGCGCCAACAGGACAUGCUGCCCAUCGUCGCCGGGAAAUCGCCGUUGGCAUACGUGCUGCAGACGUCCAGUCUGAAGACCGUGCAGGACGUGUACGCUCGGUCGGUGGAACGUAAGGGCCUGCUGCCAGUGAUGCAGAUGUACACCCCGCGCACACUGGACAUGGUUUUGCAGCGGCGUGCCGUCAUGAUGCUGGACACCACCAGCGCCCGGGUCCAAGCCUCGAAGCACUGCCCGGUGCUGAACGGCUACUUUUACAUCGGCACCCAAAACAUCUGGCUGCUGCGCUCGGUCUGGUACUUUCGCCGAGACAUCCCACGCUGGAUCGUUACCGAGUUCGACAAAAGAGUUCUCUGGCUGACAGCCAUGCCGUCACGCUUCAUGCGGGAUGAAGAGGUCUACCCACACGGCACUUCCUGCUUCUUGGAGAGCAGCAGGCAGGACCGGAGCAGCGCCUACCAGCCACUGCGGUUCGAGGACCUGCGCGUUGUAUUCAUUCUCAUGGGUUAUGUCCUCGCCACGUCGACAUUUUUCCUCCUCGUUGAGUUCAUCGUCUACGGCGUCGUCCGUUGCACCAAAUGGCUCAAGCAAUCGACGGGCAGACAGACAAGUGCUGUGUCACCUAAUUACUAGAUACCAUUUUGGCGCACCAAUGCUUCUUAAAGACCAGCUGCAACGAAAUUGUUCACUGCGCAUAAAUCCUAGUUUAAAAGGACUGAGAACCAAUUUUUAUAGUACCGGAUAUUUUAGUGGGGUAUGUGUACAAUCAUACGAUGGUGAUGCGGAAAAGGCCGUAGAACAUUUUUCAUCAGAAUUUUGAGAUCUGCAUAGAGGACGGGGUCGUGCUCAAGGAACAUGCUUGACACAGUGAUACGUGAGCGCGAAAGCGAUUAUGCGCCAGAAUUGGUGGCAAGCAAACGACAAGUGCGGCUUCGGCAGCAAGAAAGUAAUAUUUUGAUUAUCAAGCCGAUGUUCCUGCGGUUCAUCUUGUAUAAAGCUCUGAAUUAUUUUUACUGUAAUAGGUGGUGCCCUAAAUCAACGCCCCAGCGAAGGCUCCUUCCAAAUUACACAAACUAAUCAUGAAGGCCAUGCUUUUGCUGACUGCAUGCGCCAUGCUUUUAUUUACUCAAGGCAAACUAACUGGUAGGAUAUACAAGCAAUGGUAUUAUUGCAGUGACUAUUGAAAUUCGUCGACAGCAUUUUGUAUCUCACAGAGACUACAGAACUUCGGGUAGUAACUCCCUUGGUGUAGACAGAAUGCUCUUCGCCUUAACCCAACGGAGACAGCUUUUAUCUUGUUUGACUCUGAAGAAAGAAAAACAACUAUUAAUUCAGAUGUCGUUUACAAUAACCAUGCUAUAAAACAAUCUAGUGAGAAAACAUUUCUUGCUGUUAUUAUUGAUAAUGAUAUAAAAUUCCACCUUCAUGUGCGUGCUGUCGUUCAUAAGGCUUUAUAUGGCUUGCAUGUGCUGUCGAAGUGUCGAAACUAUUUCCCUCCCCACAUACUUAUCAAUCUGUACUACGCAUUUGUUCACUGUCACAUUAAGUACUGCUUAGCGACCUGGGGUUGCACAUACAAAAGUCCUGUGUCACUGGUGUUUACACUUCAAAAAGAUCUCUUCGCAUUGUAGCAUCCCACAAUACGCAUAUUAAGAGUGAAGGUUUAUUUAAAGCCCUGAACAUCCUGCACAUUUACGAUAUGACAACAUACAACAUCGCUUCCGUCAUGCAUCAAAUAGGUAAUGAAAAACUAGCCUUGACAUCAGUCUCGCUCCAUCCCUCACUUCGCAAUCUUGGGAACGCAUCUUGUCGUUUUUUAUUGCCUAAGGUAAAUACUAAUUACGGUCGCUUUACACUACAGUUUACAGGCACCUCAGUUUGGAAUAGGCUUCAUAGUAACCUAACCACUCUAAGAAUAUUGCGAAUAUUUCUUAAAAGAACUAAUGCACUCACUUAGUGACAGUGCGUAACAUUGCGCAUGCUUACACAUGUCCUCACUUUUCUUUUCCUGUGUCGAGAUUUUGAUGAUGUAGAAAAAGAAAAUUCUUAGAAAAAUGUACCUCAUUUGCGAAAUCUUUCGUACUACUGUAUUUUCUUGUUUUACUUAUUUCAGUUAUUCAAGUUUCAUGUGAUCUUACAAUAAAAAAAAGCAGCAGCAAUAAAAGUGUUCUUGCCUAAUAACAAUCGGUAGGCACCCUUUAAGAAAUUUGUUGGAUCCCAAAAGUUUGUACUUUGCAAUUGUAUACGUUAUCUAUGUUAA